GCCGUUAAACAACCGUUACUCCAAACAACCGGCAGAUAAUGAAAUUCAAUCACCGCCAAAUUUCUUCAAUCAUUAAUCACACUAUCAUAAUUCACAAUCACCUCUAACUUGAUUAAUCAUUAACUAUUAGUUAAUUAAUUAAACUACACAAUAGUUAAUGACCAAAUAUAAAUACAUUUUAUCUGUAUUAGGGUUUAUAAUCUGUUUCAUAAUUACACGUAUCGCCGGCGAAUCAUCAACAUGUUUAGCGGUGUAUAAUGAAGGCGGUGCUCCAGCUGUAUUCCAGUCACCGAAAUGCCCUAGAUGGAGCUUAUCCGGAUCCCGAUCCGAAUCCGGAUCCGGAUCCGGUAGAUGUCAAUCGGCGACACGUCAAGGAAGACGGAAGUCUCUAGAAGAUCGUACUUUUUGUACUCUGGAUAUCCGUAUACCUUUUCCAGGCUCAAGCGGCAUUAGAUAUUCUUCGGUUGGCAUUGUGGCAGUUUUUGAUGGACAUAAUGGUGCAGAAGCUAGUGAGAUGGCUUCAAAGCUGUUAUUGGAGUAUUUCACACUGCAUACUUUUUUUCUUCUUGAUACCACGUUUUCUUUUUUGUCCAAAAUAUCAACGGGAAUGUUACCGAAUAAGGGAGAACAUGAUUGUGUUUCUCAAAUGCUUGGGUGGGAUGAGAAACUUGGUGAUUAUGUGCUGCAUAUUGGAAGAAUGAAGUUUACUUUGUCAACGAUAUUCAAUGGAGCUUUCCACUUGGAAAUUCUGAAAGAAUCUCUGUUGAAGGCGAUUGAUGAUAUUGAUGUAGCUUUUUGUAAGGAGGCUUCUCGAUACAACUUCGGGUCUGGUUCCACCGCAACUGUUAUACUAAUAGCAGAUAGUCAAAUUCUAGUUGCCAACAUUGGAGACUCAAAGGCUUUCCUAUGCUCUGAGAUGUUCCAGUUUCCUCCCGAAGCUAAAGCUACUUUAUUGAGACUAUACAGACAGAGAAGACGUGAUGGUGCUUCGGUACGCAUGAAAGAUUAUGGAAACUUCAAAUUGGCAGCAGCUGACGGUUUAUUCCACUUCUCUGCCAAAGAACUGACCAAGGAUCACCAUCCGGACAGGGUUGAUGAACGAUCUCGAGUAGAGUCGGCUGGCGGUCACGUCCUUGAGUGGGGUGGUGUGUCCCGAAUCAAUGGUCAUUUGGCCGUUUCACGUGCUAUUGGCGAUUUGUCCUUUAAAAGUUUUGGAGUUAUCUCUGUUCCUGAAGUUACAGAUUGGCAACCUCUGACAGUUAAUGAUACUUAUUUGGUGGCUGUUUCUGAUGGGGUUCUUGAAAAGCUGGGCCCACAGGAUGUCUGUGACCUGUUUUGGGAACUGCAUAGUAAUGCUCCUUUGGAAUUAGAAUACAGUUCUUCAUGUUCGUACUCAUUGGCCGAUUGUAUUGUUGAUACUGCUCUUGAAAAAGGCAGUAUGGAUAAUUUAGCAGCUGUUGUAGUUCCGUUUGGAUUAGAAACUCUGCCAAAUGAACGACCAGAAGAAGCCAGACUGCAGAAUUAUGUGGAUGAACAGUCUGAUUCAGAGAGAGCUGAUCCAGCUAACAAUAAAUUUGGGCGUCUGUUGGUUGAACAGAAGCACAAUACUUAUGGAUCUUUUUAUCUAUCCGAAAGCCUCAAUGAGGAUGACUACACAUUCUGGAUUUCAAAGGAUGAGCAGGACUCUGUAUAUGGCUCCCCACAGGCCUUACCUGGCACAUUUGAUCAUAUUUAUGGUGGGCCUUUAAAUUUAUACCGUGACCAAAUGAUGUGCAUGCACUUUGGGGGGUCUAGUAGUGGAGAUAGAGAACAGUGUAUUAAUCCUGAAGGUCUUGCAAGUUUUCUGGGUUUUUUGGAGUCACUCCCUGUACCAAGUGUCGAGCAUAACCAAGAAUUUGAUAAGCACACGACUCCUAACACAAGGUAUAUACUAAAAAAGAGAUUUGACCGUGGAUCAUAUGGAGAAGUUUGGGUGGCAUUUCAUUGGAGUUAUCUUCAACAAACUAAUAAUUCAUAUAGGAGCGUGAAAAACGAAACUUUCCAAUUUGAUACCUCACAUCUUGGCACUGAUGAUGGAACAUCACAAAGACGGACAGUCCAAACUGAUGUUGGUUCUGGUCCUGCCAGUAAUAACAUUUUCAUUUUGAAGCGUAUAAUGGUUGAAAGGGGCAACACAGUGUACUUAAGUGGUCUGCGAGAAAAAUAUUUUGGUGAACUAUUCUUAAAUGCUUCAGCAUGUUUGGGAGGUUCAUUAUCAGUAAAAGAAUCAUACAUAUACCCGUCUAAUUUGCCAAGUGAUAAAUCAGUAUCGCUGGAAAUAGAUAUAUCCCGUAGAAGGGAAAGACAGCAACGGGUUGCUUAUGAAGAUGGCCUCAAGAAUAUUGCAAGAUAUAUCGAGUCUUUUGAGUCAAGGUUAAAUGAAAUAUGGCUUGUGUUCCGUCAUGAAGGUAUAUCACUAUCAAAGCUUUUGUAUACAGCAGAUGACAUGGGAAGUAGUGAUGGCACAACAAAUGAUGAACACAUCAAACAAGUACGUAUACUGCAUCCAUCACAAUGGUGGCAAUGGUUGAAGACGACUGAAGCAGGCCAAGAGGAAAUGCGGAAUCUUAUUUGGCAGUUGUUAAUGGCAGUGAAGGCCUGUCAUGACCGUAAUAUCACCCACAGGGAUAUUAAACCUGAGAACAUGAUUGUUUGCUUUGAAGAUCAGGAGUCUGGUAGAUGUUUAAAAGGAAGUCCAAGCGGAAAUGAGACUUAUACCACUAAAAUGCGCAUCAUUGACUUUGGUAGUGCAAUGGAUGAAUUCACCAAAAAGCAUUUAUAUGGAUCUGCUGGACCUUCUAGGGAUGAACAAACUUAUGAGUAUAUGCCACCAGAAGCUUUUCUGAAUGCUACUUGGUAUCAUGGGCCUGCAAGCAUAACUACAAAGUAUGAUAUGUGGAGUAUUGGUGUCGUGAUCGUAGAGUUGAUUAUAGGAUCACCAAAUGUUUUCCAGAUAAAUGCCAGAACACGCGCUCUUUUGGAUCAACACCUUGAAGGCUGGAAUGAAGGAUUGAAAGAGCUUGCUUACAAACUAAGGUCAUUUAUGGAAUUAUGCAUUUUGCUUCCUGGGAGUUCAUCGAAACAUGUUCUGACUUGGGGGAAUAAUCGAAAGUGCUCGGGUUCACCAGCUUCGUGGAAAUGCUCAGAGGAAUUCUUUUUGAGUCAGAUCAAAAGCAGAGAUCCUCUUAAAAUAGGGUUUCCAAAUGUAUGGGCUAUGAGAUUAGUACGUCAACUAUUAGUUUGGGAUCCAGAGGAUCGGUUGACUGUUGAUGAUGCUCUGAGGCAUCCUUAUUUUACACAUCAUACAACCCAAUGAUAUACACAAUGCUCCACAGGUCCAUGGUUUUUAGAGGCAAAUUUUUCAGUGCAUAUGUACAAGUAACUAACCACAUUGUAAAUACUUGUAGCGCCAAUUAAUACUUACAAAUAACAACCGACGACAGCUUUAAUUACUUUUUCACUGGUUCUACAUGUAUAUAAUUCAAUAUAUACAGUAUAUCUAUAUAUCAAGCCUUCUUUAUGUCUAUGGAUCAUGAAAUGCUACUAGUGAAAUGUGUAGUGAAUUCGGGAAAAGAAAGUAUAAAUUGUUUUAAAUUUCACAUUAAUGAAGUGAUUUUUUUGGCC